UCUCGUCCACCUGCCAGUCAGUGAAGUAGCUGUCAACGCUGUAACCGCAAGACUAGUCGUGUCAAGGUUUCGAAAGAAACGACAUGUAAACAGCUGUGCUAGAGUCUUUGUUUUAUAUUUUAUCCAGCACUGGAAGGUUACCAGGUCCUGUACUCUUGCUGAAGGACACGGAAUGGACUGGUUUUGUCCGCGGUGUCACACGGAUCAAAUUUCUCACAACAUGACCAGAACUCGACUUCUUGUCAUUUUCUGGACACUGAUCCUGACCAUGAUGCUGUACCCAAUGAUGUCAAUGUUGGCUAUUCAGUUGUACACAGCCCUGAGUGGCAGUUACGUUGCUGGACAUCAUUCUUUAUUGCUCAUCAACUGUCCUACUGAGCAAACUGCUAAAGAUAUUGGAAGAAACAUCAUGGAGAAAAGGAUGGCAGCAUGUGUGAAUAUUCUCCCCCGCACCUCAACCAUGUUCUACUGGAAAGGGGAGAUUCAAGAUGCUUCCGAAAUCCUGCUGCUGGUGAGGACCAGAACUUCUAUGAUUCAGCGACUCAUUGAUUUUGUAAAAGCCAUACAUCCAUACCAAACUCCAGAAAUCCUCAGUUUUCCCAUUCAAGAUGGAAGUCAAUCCUACUUGAAAUGGAUAGAUGAUGCAGUUCCUGAUGUAUAACCCUAUCAUUGACCAUCAUGAAAUGAAAGUACAUUCCUACUGGUUGGAGAACAUUCAGUUCUGGUCUUUAUAAGAGGUGCAAUAUCAUGGAUAAAGGAUUUAUGGUCAAGGCUGCAAGGACUGAUCGUAAUUAAAUAAUUAAUAAAACCUCACCAAAUGGCUGAGUGAAUGCAGAGUAGUGCAGUGGAAAAGGCGUUACCUUGUCUUUGUGAGAUCACAGAUUUGAAUCCUGACAAUGUCAGAGCCAUAUGUGGCCAUAAAAGAGAGCUGAAUUGGCCCUGCUCAUCCAAGCACAUUCAGCUGUCCAGUGACUUUGCAUGAGCAGCAGUUCAAAAAGAUGUGUGUGUCUUGAAGGAAGCAUGUAAGCAUAUUACUUAUUUCAAGGACCAAAGUUUAUAUGAGUAAAAUUAAGACGUGCACUUACUUGAAGUGAGCUCGCAAGCAUAGGAGAUAAGUGUGUACUUAACUUUAUCAUUUAAACUGUAGGUAAACUACUGCAAACCUUUCUUUAAAGUAGAUCACACAAUUAAAAAAAAGUAUAUACAAAUACAGAGAAACACACCAAACGUAACUAGUUUUCCACUAUCCAGCUAUCGUUAUCUCUUUAGCUAAAGCAGCUUCACAUCUGGGUAACAGAACAAUUCCACAGCAAGGAUAAAUCUGAUGGCUCUCAUUCACUAAUUUCUCUAGAGAACAAAUGUAUGCCUUACUUGUUCAGCAAGAAUAAUGAUAAAACUCCAUCACUCCUGAAUCUAUUUUCCUUUUAUUUGAUUAUAUUGGACUCUUAAUCCAUCUCUGUCUUGCUCUUUCUCCAUUGAUUGGCUGACGGCUCUGCCUGUCACUGUGUUAUCAGACAUCAUUCAUUCCUAAAGUAGGGACAUGAUAACAUUUGAUGUAUCCUGCCAGUUGUGACCCAACUCCCCUGACACAGUGCUGACUGUUAAUUACUAUUACAUGAUUAUUAGGAUAAUUAUUAGGAAUUUUCGAAAGCUUCGUAAAUAAAGAACUUACCCAGAAAGCAUUGUAAUUUAUUGUAAUAUUUCUUUAAAUAAUUUAACUGUGAAUACAAGAUAAAUAGGGACAAUUCAAUACUUAUGCAUUUCUUAUAUAUAAUUUUUAAAAAUGUAUCACAUAAAGUGGUUUUACACUGUAAUAAUAAUAAUAAUAAUAAUACAGCAAUUGGUUUUUCAGAUUUUCAUUUUUAGUGUUUUCUGAAUUUAAGUCAGGGGCAGUGUUUCAGCCCAUGUCAAGACCUUUAACAAGUCAUGUUUUGACCAUAUGACACUCUAAAAUGGUAUUACUAAUGGCUGGCAUUCCCUUUACUUCCUUUCACCUUUGUACAUAUGUUGGGAGAUUUUCAGACUAUAGAACAGCUUGUGACUAUGGUCAGAGCUACAGGUUAGGCUAUCCUGCAAAUCUGGCAGUAGGCUCUUAAAAUAGGCUACAAGUGGUACUAACCUCGCAAUUAGAUCCCUCAGAAGUAUUACGAUGUGUAAGAAGGACAAGAGUGUGGUGGGGUGGAUUGCUCACAUAAUCCAUGCUCAUAAUACUGAGUCAUGAAUGUGGUGGAGUGGUUUGCCUUGCAAUCCCACUCUCAUAAUGCUAAGGGAAGUAACCUAGGCAUCUCUCAGCAAGAUUUAAUGGCAUCAUGGCAACCUACUCCAUUUAGGGAUCUUCAGCAACACAGUUCCCAAAUACAUUGUCAUAACGGAGAGUCCAGGAAGACGGACGCAAUAUGCAAAACUUCUUUAAAGGGGACAAAAACUAAACACAGUGCAAACAGUAACUAAUCUAGCCACAGCCACAAACAUAAGCUUACUGCUUCCACAAAAGUAGGGGGAAACAUGGGACUUAAAUAGGGUGAAAUAAUGGGGAAACACAAAACAGUUGUGCAGGAUUAUGACAGGAAAAGGGAGCAGACAACAGAAGUUGUUCUAAACAAUGAGUAACCCUCUAGUGGUCUGGGAUGGAACUGCCCCUGGUGGCCUGUACAUUCUCUUUUCACUCGGUAGAUUAUCUAGCCACAGUAGCCUACUGUAUAGCAACUAGUAAUUCUGCAUUCGACUUACCUCAUAAAUGGUAAUUCACAGGUCAGAACAAUGUCAUUUUUUACUUCUGUGCAUUCAGCAUAAGAAGUGGGGGAAAAACAUGGAUGUCUCCAUGUUUGUCUUAUGUUAGCAACAAGCUAGCCAGAUAACUGUGAUGAGUGAUGUAUGUUUUCCUCCUCAGACAGCAACCUGUAUAGUCAAUGUUAAAGAUUUAACAAACAAAUAUAUCAGUAUAUGUUGAUUAAUCUAAAGCAAAUACUUGUAUAUACAGUAUAACUCAUUUAAAGAUAAGAAUUUUUUGCUUUUUCACUGAUGCUGUGCGCAGCCUUGUUGAUUUGACAUCACUCCAUAAACUGGGAAGGAACUCAUAGUUUAGAAGACUACCCCAAGGUGACAAGUAGGAAUUUCCACUUGAGGUGGUGUUUUCUUUGGUUUUUCCCAGUUGGAGGUUGUGAAUUACAAGUUAUGACCUCAAGUCAAAUGCAGCACUAAUGAUGUGGCUUCUUCAGCACUCCCAAGAUGGUUGUACAGUACUUAGUGUCCAUUCCAUGAUUGUCAGCCCCAUUUUCUGAAACAUUGGGGUGUCUUUCUUCAGUGCCUUAUUUUUGAGAAGGUCAUACUUGAAAUAGCAGUCUUAGUGGUGAAUCUCAGAAUGGCAAUCACUCUGUUUACAAUACACUGUGGCAUUUUUUUCUUAAAAGCUGUAUUUCUGAUAAAAUUACACUCUGAAUAAUGCUCUUAGUGGUUAUUCAUGGAAUGGAUAGUCCCACUAUUAACAAUACAUUGUGGUAUUUUUCUGCAGGACCUUAAUUCUGGGAAAGUUGUACUCAGAAAAGAGCUCUUGGUGGUGAAUUGCAUGACGUUUCAUGCACAGAAUGUGCAGUGAUACCAAUGCUGACGCAGCAUGCUUGCCUGGUGGAUCUAGAAUCCAGUUUGGAGUCAGAGAUAACCUAAGCCAUGAUGCUAAAGCAGAAGCCACAUGCAGAAUGAGCUCAUGACUGUUAGUGGAAGUACAACAGAGACCUGGGGCUGAAUUAAGGGAGGCCUGGGGAGCAGUUAGCAUUCCAGUUCAUCCCAAAAAUGUUCAGUGGGGUUGAGGUCAGGGCUCUGUGCAGGCCACUUGAGUUCUUCCACUCCAACCUUGCUGGAACAUGUUUGGGCAUCUUCAUUCCAAUGAAGGAAGAUUAUAAUGCUACAUCAUACAAAGACAUCCCAUACAAUUAAGUGCUUCCAACUUUAUGGCAGCAGUUUAGGGAAGGCCUACAUAUGGGUGUGAUGACCAGGUGUCCACAAACCUUUGGCUAUAUAGUGUAUAUCAAUGGCUGCUUCUGGAAGGAUUGUUGAGUCUGACAGGUGAUCGUCAGCCGAGUCUCAGGCAGCAGUGGCUCAGUUGGUAUGAACACAGAGGGUGCCAAAUGAUUUUUUUUUUUUUUUUUUUUUUGACUAUUUUGGCUGCAAAAUCUUUUACUAGGCCACAGUGAAAAGAGUACAGGUUGCUUAAGUAGACAAGUGGACCCCUCGGUGAUGAGGUUGAUUAAACCUGCAUUUCUGCACUUGGCACUUUAAGCAAUGAGGCAGGACAGCUCUCGUCCAAUUUAAUUUUUAUGGUUAUGGUUGGCUUAGUUGACACUGCUAAGGGCAUGCAAAACAACCCUGUGAAAUUUGCUCAUUGUACCCGGGUCUAUCUUUGGGCCUGAGAAGCCCAAAAGAAGAGAAUUCUUCCCCAUGGAGCUUGGCCAUGAUGGUCAAAGGCUGCCAGUGGGAUGCAUCACAGCUAAAAACAGUGCUCACUGGGCAGCAAGCACCUCAGACCAGUGGGCCCUGUUGACAGUGUCAGCCUUUUCAAAGCUCUGUUUUCCUUGCUGUCCCAAGAGGUGUGCUUCCUCUUGCACAAAGACCUGAUAGAAAAAGUAGAGCACACUGUUCAGAGCAAGGGUUUCUACUCAGCAUACUUCCUGAUUCUGAAAAAAGAUGGAUUUCCAAAAAAAUCUGCCAUUGCACAUGCAGAAGUUUACUUGAAAGAAAUGACAUCUUAGCAAGUGAAAAAAAUCUUAAAUAUAGUCAAGUUUAUCUAGUAUGUCUUAUUAUAAGAUUACAACUAACCAAAUAUAAGAUUAUUAAAACUAUUUUUAGACAUUUUUACUAAUUUCAGGAUUUAAAUUGUCUCGUUCCAUUGGCAGAUAAUUUUGGUUCUUUCUAGACAUAAAUGCUUAAAAUUAGCUAAUUUAUCUGCGAGUAGGGAUAGAUUAUUUGAAGUUUGCAAUUAGUAAAUAUGUCUAGAAAUACUUUAAUAAUCUUAUAUUUGGCUUAGUGUUAUCUUAUAAUAGAAAAUAUUAUAUACAUUAUAAUAUUCAUGAUUCACUUGCUAAGACAUUAUUUUUGCAGUGUUGUCUUGUCCUUGUAGCCUUGCAACCACAGGAAUGGUUCACAAUGAUCAAACUCCGUGAUGAACACUUUCAUGUUCCAGUUACUCUGAAUCACAUUUUCUGAGCUUUGCUUCCCAGGGACAGGCAUAACAGUUCAAAAUUCCACCCUUUAGGGCUCAGUUUAGCUAUGUGGAUAUUCACUAGAUUGAUGCAAGUGGUCCAUUUGCCCCUAAGAGCAAAGAGCAUAAGGAUACUGGAUGAUUGGCUCGUGUGUGCCCUCACCCAGGGAGCAGGCCACCUGAGACAUGGCCACACUCUUAGCAAACUUUGCAGCCUCAUGGUGAACAGGAAGAAAAGUUCCUGACACAGGUUGUACAGUGGGAAUGCUAGCUACCCUGAUACUCAAAUGUAUAUGGGGAUGAUUGAUGAUUAAACUGCAGAGGUAUAAACUUCAGUUCUGCUGUUAACUCAGCCUUUGGGGCUUAGGGCUGGCCGAAGUUAAUCCCCAUUGAGAAACAUUCUGUCCCAAGAAAGUCAAUUUCCUCUGGGCAGAAGCACAGUAGAUCCUAAGGUCAGAGCAAUGGAUUCUACUGAACAUGUUUCCAGAAGGACAGUGGUCUUUUUUAAGCUAGUCUGUUAGACUGGGUCACAUCAGGGGGUCGGUGCAAUGCACCCUUCAUACCCUCAUCACUUGGGAACACUGCUCUUUUUGAGGACAGACAUUUCAAAUCAAUGUCUUACUUACUUUGCUAGAACAGAGGGCAUAGACAAAAGUGUAUGGCCAUACUCUUGACUGGAGGAAGCCAUAUGAUGGAUCACAGAGAAGCUUGAUUCAAGGGGAAUGAUGGCCACCAACGUGUGGCAGACAUUAUUGUGCCUUAUCAGUUAGGAAGUCCAGUAUGGGUGGCUCCAGAUGCUUUCUGAAAUGCAUGGGCUAUUAACUGCAGCUAAGGGCAUAUGCAGGUUUUAUAAAUAUUGAUAUUUAUUCUUUAAUAAUUGUUAAUAUUAACAGUUGUGGGACCCAUCUUAUUUAUAAAGUUGCAUUCUUUCUAGCAGUUAAAUAGCUACCAUUCCUUAUAGGCUUGAGAGUUUACACACAAGUGCUGUUGUGUCAUGUUAUAAGUUCAUAUUGGCAUUAUAUGCAUACAUAUUAAUGCUCUGACUACACAUAAAACAUCUCGACAACUUGGAUGUAAUGCAAAUAUCAUACAUACCUUGUAUUUAAACAUUAUUAGUAUGCAUAAAUUAUAUUCGAUAUGUAUCCUGGGAGUAUCUGUCAUGAAACUUUUAAAACCACGCCAUCAAAAUUUCCAGCCAGUGAUGGAAUACAAAUGACUGAAAAAUCCAUCAGAUCUAAGAGACACAACACUGUUAAAAUGGUUAAGGGCUUUAAUACCAAUACACAGGAUUGAAAAUGAUACAUGUGGAACAAUAUUGUUAUGUCAAUUUUGGGGAAAUAUGGGUAGAAUAUAAUAUUUAUAAUAUGUGGACGCUACUGCAUACACAUGCCAUUUUCAUGUUUCUUUUUGUUAAUGUUAUUAAAACUUUAUUCAGUUCAAGACUAGCUGUUUUCUGCUGUAUUUAAUGCAUCAACAGGUUGGCUAAUAGAAAUGCUGAAGAAAUAGCAUUGUGUCUUUGGGGAAUCUGGUACAGUGAUUCAGAUGAUUAAAAACUUGUUUAGCAGUUAGUGUGUGCCUGCAUCAAAAUACAUUUAGAAAAGCUAUAGUAUAAGUGUUGUAGCAAAAACUGUCUGGCUCCUAUUAUUCUUCCUCUGUAGUCAACUCCAGAAUUUGUUGACACUUUUCAUAACUACGACCAUUAAAUAUACAUAGUCAGCUUCACAAACCUUUGAGGUAAAUGUGUUCAAAGAAAAUAAAAACCCUUAUCAAAGAACAUAGCAUUUGGCACUUGAAACUUCCCUUUGCCAACAUAACUGCAUUGAGUCUUCUCUUAUAAUGCUUGCUGAGAUUGAACAUUGCAGAGCAAGGAAUGUGAGACCAUUCCUCUAUACAGAAUCUCUCCAGGUUCUCCAGGGUCCUAGGUCUUCUCUUGUGGAUUGGACUCUGCUCUUCAGCUGACAAAUUUUAAGUGGGUUUUAAGUCAGGGGACUGGGAUGGCCAUGUCAAAGGCCUGAUUCUGUGGUCAUUGAACCAUUUUUGUGUGGAUUUGGAUGUAAGUUCUGGAUCAUUGACUUGCUAGAAGAUCCAAGCAUGACCCAAGAUGUAGCCUCUUGGCAGAGGGUAGAGUUUCAUUUAAAAUAUCCUGAUACUUCAUGCCCACAUAACCAUCCACAUAACUUACACAUUUCUUUUACUUUGUGAAAUUCUCCUGUACAAUUUUUUAUUGCUGUUUCCUGUUUUAAUAAGUGUUGUGGUACAUUCAAACAUAUCAAUAGGAUUAAAAUACCUGCUUAUGACAAGUAUUUUGCAUUCAAUUUUAUUUGUAAAGCGCUUUUAACAAUGCCCAUUGUCACAAAGCAGCUUUACAGAAAUAUAUAAAUUCAGAAUAUAAAUUUUAAAUUUAUGAAUUUAUCCCUAUUCUCUGUCCACUCAUACAUUUACUAGUACCAGGCCCAAUCAAAAAUAUUGCUGCUGCGUACUUUAAUAUGAAAUGACCUAAUACGAAAAAUCAGGUAAACAUUAAACAAGCCAAUAUUCAGGUAGACCAGCAU